AAAUACGAUAGUAUUUUUAUUACUAGAAUAUGAUUAUCUAUAAAAAAAUUAAACAUAUAAAAAAAUCAUAAUUUUGCGAGCCCGAAACCUAGUGGGUUAGGGUCGAAAAAUUUUAGCCCGAAAAAUAAAAAAUCGACUAGUCCGAACUAAAAAUAAUCUAAAACUGAAUGAAUUGGCCCGAAACCGAGUGGAUUGGCCCGUUUGACAUCCCUAAUCUUGACAUUAUAUGUAGAUAUAAAUGUCAGCUGAAUAUUACUCACAUAACUCAUUCGUACACUAGUAACUAUUAGUAGCCACGCCAUUAUCACCAUAGCUUCUUAACUAAAUCGCUUUCCCUAAAAUUCCAAGCAUGGGAACAGUGGAAGAAGCUGAGCCUCCUCUCUCCCAAUCCCAACCACCACCAAAACUGGACGACUACGACGACGACGACGAGAUCUCGCCCAUCGAGCAAGUCCGGCUAACCGUACCGAUAACCGACGACCCGACCCUACCCGUAUGGACGUUCCGAAUGUGGGCGCUGGGGCUCCUCUCGUGCGUGCUCCUCUCCUUCCUCAACCAGUUCUUCUCGUACCGGCGGUCGCCGCUGGUCAUCACGCAGAUCACUGUGCUCGUCGCCACGCUGCCCAUCGGCCGCUUCAUGGCCGCCGUGCUGCCGUCGACCAAGUGGACGGUUUCGAUUCCCGGGUUGGGGCCCCGGGAGUUCUCGCUCAACCCGGGCCCGUUUAACAUCAAGGAGCACGUGCUCAUAUCCAUCUUCGCUAAUGCGGGCAGCGCUUUCGGAAACGGGCCGGCCUACGCGGUUAUGAUUGUCGAUAUUAUCAUUGCUUUUUAUGGGCGGAAGAUAUCUUUUCUUGCUGGAUGGCUCCUUAUUAUCACCACUCAGGUUCUUGGAUAUGGAUGGGCUGGACUGCUAAGGAAAUACGUAGUGGAUCCGGCACACAUGUGGUGGCCCAGCACUCUCGUCCAGAUUUCACUCUUCAGAACACUGCAUGAAAAGGAUGAAAAGGCAGAUGAGGGCGCGAAGAAGCAGAUGUCACGAUCCAAGUUCUUCUUGAUUGCCCUAACAUGCAGCUUUCUAUGGUACCUCUUCCCAGGCUACCUCUUCAAAACCCUACAGAGCAUCUCAUGGCUAUGCUGGGCCUUCCCACACUCCGUCACCGCCCAGCAGCUCGGCUCCGGCUUCAACGGCCUCGCCAUCGGCGCCCUCACCCUCGACUGGUCCGUCGUCGCCUCCUUCCUCUUCAGCCCUCUCAUCUCCCCCUUCUUCGCCAUCGCCAACAUCUUCGUCGGCUACUUCGUCAUCAUGUACGUCGUCGUCCCCAUCUCCUACUGGGGUCUCAACGUCUACAACGCCAAGACCUUCCCCCUCUACUCCGUCGACCUCUUCACCGCCGACGGCCAAGACUACGACAUCAAAGCCAUUGUCAACAACAACUUCAAGCUCGACAAGGCUCAGUAUGCGAAGCAGGGCCGGAUUCACUUGAGCAUCAUGUUCGCUCUCGCCUAUGGGUUUGGCUUCGCCACCAUCGCAGCCACUAUCUCCCACGUCGCGUUGUUCUAUGGAAAGGAGAUCUACGAGCGGUUCAAGGCCUCUAAGAAGGGGAAGAUCGACAUCCACACUAGACUGAUGAUGAAGAACUACCAAGACAUACCUUCAUGGUGGUUCUACAUUCUUCUUGCGGUGACACUGGUGGUGGCGCUUAUGCUCUGCAUCUUCAUGAAAGACGAGGUGCAGAUGCCUGUUUGGGCUCUUGUGCUCUCCGCUGUCCUGGCCUUCUCCUUCACGCUUCCUAUCAGCAUUAUCACUGCAACAACAAAUCAGACGCCGGGGCUCAACAUAAUCACGGAGUACCUCAUGGGAGUUAUAUAUCCCGGAAGGCCAAUAGCGAAUGUGUGCUUCAAGGUGUACGGAUACAUGAGCAUGAGCCAAGCGGUGGCGUUUCUCAGUGAUUUCAAGCUGGGACACUACAUGAAGAUUCCUCCUAGAUCGAUGUUUCUGGUGCAGUUCAUCGGGACGAUGGUUGCGGGCACGGUGAACAUGAGCGUGGCGUGGUGGAUGCUCCACUCGAUCGAAGGGAUAUGCCACCAAGACCCGGACUCGAGCAGCCCUUGGACGUGCCCCAACGACCACGUGUUCUUCGACGCGUCGGUGAUCUGGGGUCUGGUUAGUCCCAUUAGGAUCUUCGGCAGCCAGGGGAACUACCCGGCUCUCAACUGGUUCUUCCUUGUGGGGCUGAUGGGCCCCGUGGUUGUGUGGGGGUUCCACAGGGCCUUCCCGCAGCAGUCGUGGAUCCCCCUCAUCAACCUCCCCGUGCUCCUGGGAGCCACGGCGAACCUGCCGCCGGCGUCUGCUCUCAACUACAAUGCUUGGAUCUUUGUGGGCACCGUCUUCAACUUCUUCGUGUUUAGGUAUCGGAAGAAGUGGUGGCAGAGGUACAACUACAUCCUGUCGGCGGCGUUGGAUGCCGGGGUGGCCUUCAUGGCCGUGCUGCUCUACUUCUCCACCGGCAUCGAGAAUAAGAGCGUCACGUGGUGGGGCAACGAGGGCGAGCAUUGCGGAUUGGCGAUUUGCCCCACGGCCAAGGGUGUGGUGGUUGAAAACUGCCCGGUGUUUUAGUUUUCUUGCAUGCAUGUUUUAUGAAUAUAGGCAUCGUUAUUCAAAUAUAGCUGCAAAUUAAUUGGAGAAUCGUACGUGUUUUAAUUUGCAGCAAAACUCUCUAUUGUGCAAUUUGUUUCCAUAAUGUGUUGAUAUACUCCAAAUUAAGUUGUAAU